AUGAAAUAUACUAAAUGCAAUUUUAUGAUGUCAGUUCUUGGCAUUAUAAUCUAUGUAGCUGAUUUAAUUGUGGACAUCUGGGUAUCUGUCAGGUUUUUCCACGAAGGACAGUAUAUUUUUGGUAUUUUAACAUUCAGCUUUAUGCUUUUUGGAACACUUGUGGUCCAGUGUUUUAGUUAUUCUUGGUUCAAGGCUGAUUUAAACAAAGCAGGCCAAGAAAUUCAGCAUUGCUUUCUUCUACUUCAUUGCUUACAAGGAGGAGUUUUUACAAGGUAUUGGUUUGCCUUGAAAAAGGGUUACCACGUGGCUUUCAAAUGUAAUAGCAAAACGAAUAGCUUCACCAAAGAGCAAAUUGAUCAACAUAAAGAAGUUAUAGAUAGAGUGACUGAUUUGAGCAUGCUCAGGCUAUUUGAGACCUACCUGGAAGGCUGCCCACAACUUCUUCUUCAGCUCUAUAUCUUUCUGGAACAUGGACAAGCAAAUUUUAGUCAGUAUGCAGCUAUCAUGCUUUCUUGCUGUGCCAUUUCUUGGUCAACUGUUGAUUUUCAAAUAGCUUUAAGAAAAUCCUUGCCUGAUAAAAAUCUCCUUAAUGGAUUCUGUCCCAAAGCCACCUAUCUCUUUUACAAGUUGUUUACAUUAUUGUCUUGGAUGCUUAGUGUUGUACUUCUAUUGUUUAUAAAUGAUAAGGUUGGAUUAUUUAUGUUGUUAUUACUUUGGAUUGUAGGUUUAAUAUGGGCAUGUAAAGAACAAACUCAGUUUUGUAAUUCCAAAAGUAUGGAAUUCUUAUAUAGAAUUGUUGUUGGAUUUAUUCUUGUCUUUACAUUUUUUAAUAUUAAGGGACAUAAUACUAAAUGCCCAAUGUCUUUUUAUUAUGUUGUAAGAGUGCUGACCACACUGGGUAUAUUGAUUGGGUUCUGGGUUUAUCCACUUUCUAUUUUUAAUUCAGAUUACUUUGUACCUAUCAGUAUCACUUUAGUUCUUUCUCUUCUCCUUGGGAUUAUUUUUCUUAUAGUUUAUUAUGGGGUUUUUCACCCAAAUAGAAGUGAAGAAACAAAAUAUGAUGAAACUGAUGGAAGAUAUGUUCAAAGAGAUUGUAGAAUGAAGUAUUUCCUAAUGGAAUAA